GACCAAAGACAUAAAGUCACACUGAAGCGACACCGGUAGCCUUCUUCAGGACGGACUUAUCUGGCUUUAGACCAUUUUGCAGUGGAAUAUCGGAAUCUGUCUAAUCUGGGUUUGGAACCAUGAGCUCGGUUGCUGUGCUUACACCGGAGAGCUUUGCUGAGCAUCGCAGUGGCUUAGGAGACCAGGAGACCAGAGGUGGAGUACCUGAGGAUGAAGCUUACAUCCCCACUUACCUGGAGGCAUUUCCCCCUCUCCCUGAGAAGGGAACACCGGGGGACAAGUCCGGCGAACCCAUUGGAGCGUGGAGCAAAAUCCGACCAAUCAAAUCCUCAGUAAUCACCCAGGUGUUUCAUGUCCCUCUGGAGGAGCGCAGGUACAAGGACAACAGUCAGUUUGGCGAAGGUGAGGAGGCGAAGGUGUGCUUGGACAUCAUGCAGAAGACGGGAGCCCAUAUUGAGCUCUCUCUGGCCAAAGAUCAAGGCCUCUCCAUCAUGGUGACCGGCAAACUCGACUCUGUCAUGAAAGCAAGGAAGGAAAUCGUGGCUCGACUUCAGACCCAGGUCGGUCUUUGGGAUUGGCGCACCGUGGUCACUGCUGCGGGUGAUUCAGAAGGGUGUAGUCGCAAAAUCCUAAUCAGUAAGGAGUCAGUAAGUUUCAAAAGAGUGAACUGUUUCCCCAACCCUCCAGGGGAGCCAUUGACAAGCCUUAAAAUACUCUCCCGUGUUGAAUUUGCAGCUUGCCUCGUGUUGGGGUUGGCCAGUUUUCAGCUCUUCUCUUUCUGCCAACAGAAACGGAAAACCACAACGAUAUCGGUCGAGGUGAAGAAAUCUCAGCAUAAGUACAUCAUAGGCCCGAAAGGUAACACCCUGCAGGAAAUACUGGACAUGACCGGGGUAUCCGUGGAAAUGCCGUCACUGGAGAGUAGUUCUGAGACCAUCAUUCUCCGGGGAGAGCCUGACAAACUUGGCCCAGCUCUAACUCAGGUCUAUGCCAAGGCAAAGAGUGUGAUGGUGGCUGAAGUAACCGCGCCGGCCUGGUUACAUCGCUUUAUCAUUGGCAAGAAGGGACAAAACAUUGGCCGUAUAACCCAGCAACUGCCCAAGGUUCACAUUGAGUUCACUGAUGGUGAUGAGAAGAUCACAUUGGAGGGUCCAACAGAGGAAGUGGAGAUUGCUCAAACCCAGAUCCAAGACAUCAUCAAUGACCUGCUGACGCGCAUGGACUACACAGAGAUCACGGUCGAGCAGAAAUACCACCGUCAUCUAAUAGGAAAGAAUGGAGCGAAUAUUAAUCGGAUCAAGGAACAGUACAAAGUGUCAGUGCGCAUCCCGCCAGAUAAUGAGAAGAGCAAUCUGAUUCGGAUCGAAGGAGAACCACAGGGGGUGCAACUGGCCAAGAAGGAACUACUGGAGAUGGCGGUCAGGAUGGAGAACGAACGGACCAAGGACUUGAUCAUUGAGCAGCGUUUACACCGAUCCAUCAUCGGCCAGAAGGGGGAGAAGAUCAAAGAAGUUCGCGACAAAUUCCCUGAGGUAAUCAUCAACUUCCCAGAUCCUGUGCAGAAAAGUGACAUUGUCCAGCUGCGCGGCCCCAAGACCGAGGUGGAGAAAUGUGGGAAGUUUCUGCAGAAAGUCAUCGCUGACUUGAUUGAGAACAGCUACUCAGUCUCCAUCCCCAUCUUCAAGCAGUUCCACAAGAACAUAAUCGGCAAAGGAGGAGCCAACAUCAAAAAGAUCCGUGAAGAAACAAACACCAAGAUCGACCUCCCAACAGAGAACAGCAACUCCGAAGUGAUCCUCAUCACGGGGAAGAAAGCGAAUUGUGAAGCUGCCCGGGAUCGGAUCCUGGCCAUUCAGCGCGAGCUGGUACAUCAGACCGGGAGCAUCCCUGUCCACUGCAGCAGCUUCACAACCUGUUUUCUUUCUGAAGGCUUGGAAUGUAUAUUGCAGGAUAUUGGCAAGCACACACACACACACACACACACAGGAAGCGUUGGGAGUGGUAGCUCAAGCAGUUGGAGAAGGCUUGAAAGAGCAGGGAACAGAGCUGUAAGCUUUCAGGCAGUGACAGGUCAGAAGCAAAGAGCUCCGAUGGUGGUAGAGUUGAUGAAGGGUGAAGGUCAAAGAUAGAGAACCAAAGGACCAUGAGAAAGAGCACUGGGGCACAGUACUGGUGGG